GUAAGGAGCAUGUAGCUGGCUGAUCCAGUGAAGACAGUGAGGCACAGGCCCCAGAAAACCCUUUAAAUAUUGCGAUUGAGUAAUAGAACCAUGGGAAAGAAAAGCAAGCGUGACCGCGGUGCCGGAGGGUCAGCGGGCGGUGGGAAAGGCGGCGGCAGUGGAAACACCAAACCCAACGGAAGGAACAAGAAGGAUGUCCGUGAGGUCAUGGUUCUUGUCAACGAACUUCUGCAGAAGGCCAGCAGUCCUGGGGUGCCCCCUGGCAAAGAACUGGAGGAACACAUGUCCAUCAGGGAGGUGGUGGAGAGGAUCAGAAAGAAACAGGAAGGCUGGACCCCUGAGCCAGUCCCACGAGACCAGUGCUUCCCUGUGUUCCUGAAGUGGCUGGAGGACCAUGGUGUGAAGACUGAUGCUGUGACUAUAGAGCAGUUUGAGGUGGGAGGGUUUGGACUCAAGGCUGUCAAAGACAUCAAGGCCGAGGAGUUGUUCAUAACCAUCCCUCGUAAACUGAUGCUGACAACAGAAACAGCAAGAGAGUCCAGUCUGGGUCCACUGAUAAAGAAAGACAGGAUUCUGCAGGUGAUGGCUAAUGUGUCACUGGCGCUCCAUGUUCUGUGUGAAAAGUACACGUCCAGCUCCUUCUGGGCUCCCUACAUCAAUAUCUUUCCAGGCACAUACACCACCCCUCUGUACUUUGAAGAAGGGGAGAUGCUCCAUCUACAGGGCUCACUCAACUUCAGUGAUGUUCUGAACCAGUACAAGAGCAUUGCCCGCCAGUAUGCCUACUUCUACAAGCUGUUCCAGACUCAGCCUGAAGCCACAGGACUGCCACUGAAAGAAUGUUUCACCUUUGAUGAGUACAGAUGGGCAGUUUCUACGGUGAUGACCCGUCAGAACCAGGUGCCCACCAGCGAUGGCCGACAUCUUAUCACUGCACUCAUCCCCAUGUGGGACAUGUGUAAUCACAGUAACGGAGAGUUCAGUACAGAGUUUAACCUGGGCAGUGACUCUGCUGAGUGCCUGGCCAUGCGGGAGUUCCCAGCAGACAGCCAGGUCUACAUCUUCUACGGCAUGCGCAGCAACGCUGAGUUCCUCAUACACAACGGCUUUGUGUAUCCUGAGAACCUGCACGAUAGGGUCAACAUCAAGCUGGGUGUGAGCAAGAAUGACAGCCUGUUUGCUAUGAAAGCAGAAGUCCUCUCCAGAGCUGGGAUUCAUGCGUCCACCACCUUCCAGGUGCAUUGUGGGAAGGACCCCAUCCCUCCUGAGCUGCUUGUGUUCCUGAGGGUGUUCACCAUGGUGGAGGGUGACUUGAGAGACCUGUUGACGAGUCAGCACCAGUCUGCCUACCUGAGCUGCCUGGGCAGGCUGGACUGUAUGGUCACCCAGGAGCAGGAGACCAAGGCCUGGGCCUUCCUGGAGACACGCCUCUCACUGCUCAUCAGGAGCUACAAAACAAGUAUUAAGGAUGUGGAGGCAGAGCUGCAGGCAUCUGACCUGACGUACCACACCCGCGCAGCCCUGCAGCUGAAGCUGGCAGAGAUGCAGAUCCUCAGCAGCGCUGCAGAGUACGCCAAGAACCAGAGGGAGAAGAUCCCGCAGCUGAUAGAUGAGAAGAUACUGCAGCUAGCCGCCGACGUGGCUCUGACUGUCAAAGUGACAGACGAACUGGACGGGGAGUUUGUAGAAGAAGUGCUGGAGCUGAGUGAGGAUGAGGAGGACUUGGGAACAGAACAGCAGGGAGACACACAUGCAGAGGUGACAGAAGGAAGUAAAGAUGCUAAUGGUUCAGUAUCACAAGCAGAGGAAUCAAAGACACCUGAGAAAGACAGUGGACUGGAGUCCUCUUCUGAGAGAGAGUCUGUAGAUGGAGAUGCUAUCAAAAUGAACGGUGCCACAGUGGAAGCAAAUGGUGAAGUUUCCAUAUCAGAAAAGGAGUUAAAAAACUAAAGGUUGUCUAAAAAGCCAAAUGUGAAUCAACAGUCAUUGUUGAGGGGGAAGCAGAGUUGCCAAAUGAAGAUUUUGUCCAUCUUACAGAACAACAGUAUACAUAUUCGUUAACUGUUUCUUGAAGUUUCAAGACCCGUGUAGCAAAGGGAUUGAUGGCAAUAAUUUAUUCUUGACAUCUUGUCUGUAAUAUGCAGUUACAGUUUGUUUGUAAAUUGUUUGAAGAUAAAUCAUGUAUCUGGUCAUGUAUGGUAUGAUGGUUCUUGUUAUGCCUGAAAAACGUGUCAGUCUUCCAAAGGACAAAAUUUUGUUACCAAGUGUAGGGAACCAUCAAUAGAAGCUCUAUACAGAACAACCAACAAUCAUGUAAGAUCUACAAUGAUCAGAGUAGUUUUCAAUGUAAGGUAUGAAUAGUCUUGAAUCCUGGUGCAGUAUAUACCGGAAUCUUUUCUAAUCUGUAACAUUUGUUGACCUUAUCGCAUUGACAGGAGCAUUUUCAAUAAUUGCGAUCAUAGACAAUACAUUAAACUUGAAAUGGGCAAAGAUGUUACGUUAUACUAGUAACUAAGAGUCCAGUUGUGCCCAAAUAGUGAGAUUUACUGACAAGUUGUUACUGUAAAGUUCAGUUUGUGCCAAGUGUUGAUCUGUCAUGGAUGUGCAAUAAUACCUGGUAUCUUGCCACAUGCUGUCAAAAGCCAGGUGGUUAGGCUAGCGGACAUGGCAUCGAGAUAUUACAGGUUUGAUUCCUGGCAAGACGUGGUAUCUUUGGGACAGGCAUUUUACACGACUUUUCUCAAAUGGGUGCCUACCUUUUGAGCAUGUGUGGAAGGAGGAAUAUGGACUCUGCCUUCCAAAACUGUGCCCCAAAAGACAAGUGAAUUAGCAACCACGGCCCUAUGGCCUCCAAAAGGCCUUGGGACCUUUACCUUACUUUCAUUUUACUUUGUUAAGAAACCUGUAGUCUUAUCUGAUUGCAACUGCCAGUGCUACAACAUUUAAAGAAAGCAUGCUGUUUAUCAUCUACUCUGGAUUUGCAUUAUUUUGUUGGUAUUUGUUACAACAGAUCUAGAAAUGGGAAAAAGAUGUAUAUCUGAAGUAUAUUAAGAAGUACAAUUAAAAAUUUCCAGCUGUGUUUUGUUUUGUGCAUAUUU